GAUAUAGCAAGAGAUCUAGUGAGAGAGAGAAUGGAAGGUGGUUCCAAUGGCACCUGUAGUAUGAUGGCUUUUGGAGAAAGCAGCAGUAAUGGAGGAGGAAUGAUGAUGAUGCCUCUAAUGACUUCAUCACAUCAUGCUGAUCACUCUCACCAUCAUCAUCAUCAACAUAUGAACCCUAAUCCUUAUGCAGAUGCACACAAUACUAGUACGACUCAUCAGCUUCACCAGCUUCCCCAGUUGCCUCCGUCCAACAACCAUCACGACCGGCAUAACACAAGCGGCGGCUCCUCCUUCAUUCUCCACAACCCGGCUGCCGCCUCCUAUUUCAUGGACAACAACAACAAUAAUGAAGGUGUUGGCGGCAGCUCUUUUUCUUCUUCAUCUUCAACUGUCAAGGCUAAGAUCAUGGCCCAUCCUCACUAUCACCGCCUCUUGGCCUCCUAUAUCAACUGUCAAAAGGUUGGAGCGCCGCCUGAAGUGGUGGCGAGACUGGAAGAAGCGUGCGCAUCGGCGGCAACAAUAGGUCAAAUGGUGAGUAGUAGUAGUGGAUCAGGAUCUCUCGGUGAAGAUCCAGCUUUGGAUCAGUUCAUGGAGGCCUACUGCGAGAUGCUCACCAAGUAUGAGCAAGAACUCUCUAAACCCUUCAAGGAAGCCAUGAUCUUCCUCCAAAGAAUCGAGUCCCAAUUCAAAGCCCUUACUCUUUCUUCUUCUUCCGAUUCUGCAGCUGUACUUGCGACUUCAUCGAUCCUUGAUCUGGAUAGCCUUGCUUGCUUGAGUGAAAAUUAUUCUGUUGCUUCUGGGAAAUUGCAGUAUCAAACUAAUUUUGAAGGUUAUGGCGAGGGAAUUGAUAGGAAUAACGGAUCAUCUGAAGAUGAGGUUGAUGUUAACAACUUCAUAGAUCCGCAAGCGGAAGACAGGGAGCUUAAAGGUCAGCUAUUGCGCAAGUACAGUGGAUAUUUGGGUAGUUUGAAGCAGGAGUUCAUGAAGAAGAGGAAGAAAGGGAAGCUGCCUAAAGAAGCCAGGCAACAGCUGCUUGAUUGGUGGAGCCGUCAUUACAAAUGGCCUUAUCCAUCGGAGUCACAGAAGCUAGCUCUGGCAGAAUCAACGGGGCUGGACCAAAAGCAGAUAAACAACUGGUUCAUUAACCAAAGGAAGCGGCAUUGGAAGCCGACGGAGGAUAUGCAGUUCGUGGUGAUGGAUGCUAGCCACCCCGGUCACUACUACAUGGACAGUGUCAUGGGAAAUCCAUUUCCCAUGGAUAUCUCUCCCACAUUGCUCUGAAUUAAGAUGACAAGCAAUUAGUAUGCUGCUAAUUAGAUAUAUUUAAAAUGUGUUAUUGUGGACGCCGAUCCAAUUUCUUAACAACUUAUCUAUUAAUUCCUUUUGACUAUGGAUUGUGAUUAAAUGUCUCACAAUCAUACAUGUGUUCCUGCAUCCUACAAUGUAUGCAGUAUAAAAUGCGACUUAAUUUAGUUGUUAACCAAUAUAAAUAGUUGGUUCUUAA